AAUAUUUAAGGAAAUGAGUAAAAAAAUUAUUCAAUGCGCAUGCGAAAAGAGGACUUAUUUGACAACACUGAUUGGAUACAAUACAAAUUUUAGUACACUCUGAUUCCGCUUUAAACUUCGUUUUAUUGGCAUUGCAAUCGCCUUCAAAAUUAUAUACAUAGUGCCUUGAAUUGACGAAAUUCAAAUAACAUUUGGCGCGAGUGAAUCCUUUCGCAAGUGUUAAUUCAGAAUAGAAUUAAUCGUAAAAUAAGCGUCACGCUUCAUUGCAUAAGAAGAUUAUUGUGCAAAGUGCAAAAUAGCGAUCCGAAAGAUGUCUAAGAACAAAGAUCAGUAUGUCAAUGUCUUCGUGCGUGUCAAGCCUUUAAGCAAAAAAGAGACACCAGAGAAAAAUCGUGAGAAACUGGUAAUUCCGAUAGUGCACGCAGCAUCCGAGAAAGAGAUAAUAGUGUAUGAGCGAUCGCAGGGUAAAGUCGCGAAGAAGUUCACGUUCGACAAGGUGUUCGGUCCUACGUCGACUCAGUUAGACGUGUACAACGCGGUGAUUCGACCACUGUUGAAGGAAGUACUAGCCGGAUAUAGUUGCACCGUGUUCGCCUACGGUCAAACCGGCACCGGUAAGACAUACACGAUGGAGGGCAGUCGCGUAGAGAAUUCCAGCUUACACUGGCAGAGCGACACAUCUGUCGGCAUGAUACCCCGUUGCUUGAGCCACUUGUUCGACGAGCUCCAGUUGCUGGAAAACCAGCAGUACGUCGUCAAGAUCAAUUUCCUGGAAUUGUACAACGAGGAGUUGUUCGAUCUUUUGAGUCCGAACGGUCACGAUACAACGAAGAUCAAGCUGUACGACGACAUGUCGAAGAAGGGCUCGGUCAUCAUACACGGUUUGGAGGAGGUGACCGUCCGUAACAAGAAUGAGGUCUACAAAAUCCUCGAAAAGGGCUCGGAGAGAAGGCAAACGGCGGCAACGUUGAUGAACUCCAACUCGAGUCGCUCCCACACGGUCUUUUCUAUAACUAUACACAUGAAGGAGGACACCUUGGAGGGAGAGGAGCUACUGAAGACGGCGAAGUUAAAUCUGGUGGACCUGGCCGGCAGCGAAAACGUCGGCAAAUCCGGAGCCGUUGACAAGAGAGCGAGGGAGACUCGGAACAUCAAUCAGUCCCUGCUGACUCUCGGCAGAGUGAUAACCGCUCUCGUAGAAAGGGCGCCUCACAUACCGUAUCGGGAGUCGAAGCUCACGAGAUUGUUGCAGGAGUCGUUAGGUGGGCGCACAAAGACCUCGAUAAUCGCGACCAUUUCGUCCGCGAGCAGCAGUGUCGACGAGACACUAUCGACGUUAGAUUAUGCGCAUCGAGCGAAACAUAUCGCCAAUCGUCCGGAGAUCAAUCAGAGGCUUUUCAAGAGAGCACUGCUGAAAGAAUAUACGGAAGAAGUCGAGAGGCUUAGAAAGGACUUGAUGGCAACGCGAGAUAAGAAUGGCAUCUAUCUGUCGCAGGACAAAUACGAUUCCAUGCAUGCGUUGAUCGAUUGGCAGAAGAAAAAGAUACAAGAUCAGAUCAAUGAUCUUAAAACUUUGGAAGAAAGUAUGGAGAACAAGCAGAAAAUGUUUAGUGACAUACGAUUACAAUAUGAUGUUCGAAUGAACGAGCUGACCAAGAAAACAAGCGAAUUGAAUAACCUAACACAUUCUUUGCAAUUGCUGGAAAAUUCUUUGAUGGAAAUGGAAAAUAGUAGGGACGAACAAAAACAUCUUGUGGAAAUGUAUACCGCAACUGAGAAAACUUUACGCAGUCAAGCGGAAACUCUCUUAAACGUUGUAAACGAAGCAUCUGAGGAUACAGAAAAAUUACAUGACAAACUUGAUUAUAAAACAAAAAUGGAGGAAAAAAAUACAGAUCUUAGGUUGCAAUUGAAUAGUGAUUUUACAAAAAGCGGUAAGGAUAUCGAAGACAAUCUGGCGAAUCACACGAAAGAGAUUGGCCAAUUUUUCUCGUCAAUAAAGGAUGAAGUGGAAAGUUAUUUAUCUACGCAAGUUAAAAAUAUAAAGGAAUUGGUCCCUUACAUGUUGAAAGAUUUAGUUACUCAUCGCUUAAAUAUGAAUGAACAAUUAACAAAGGAUAUAGAAACUACGUAUGCGGGCUAUGACAACAUAGUAGAUAGUAACAUCGAAUAUACAUCGGAUAUGAUCGAGUACGAGAAAAAAUUAUUAACUGCUAUUUGUUCAAAAGUGGCACCAACUGUUCAUAAUCUCUUAAAAGACAAUGGAAGUUUCGCACAGAAUUUACAGACCUUAAAUAAUGAUAUUUCUCGGAAAUUGGAGGAUAUGUCGACAUAUGUAGAAGACGUCGUAGAAACUAUAUGUAAAUAUCGUCUUAAGGAAUAUAAUAGUCUCCGUGAAAAUAUAAAUGAAAUUAAAGAACAUAUUAAUUGUAUGUUUUUAAAUCAUAAACAGAUAAUUAAAGAUUACAAAUUGUCUUCAAAGAAAAUGAUAGAUCUUUCACAUGAUUUUAUGCAUUUGGAUAAAUGUGUAAAAGGUUAUUCCGAAAAUGUUGAUAGAUCCUAUCAAAUUGAUAAAAUUUGCAGUAAUAUAUGUGAUCAAAAUGUACAAAAUUAUAAUACAGAUAUAAAUGGACAAAAUGACUUACAGAAAUUUUUACAAAGUAAUAUAUCACAAAUUAAAAGUAACAUCGAUAGUAAUCUUAAGAAGGCACAAUUAUCUGAUAAAAUUGUUAUGAAAAAAGGAAGUAAUUUCGUUAGAAGCACAUCGCUAGAUUUACAAAAUGGUCGUGAAAUGUGGGAGGACUAUAACAAUAAAAUAAAAUGUAAUAUACAAAAAUUACAAAAGGAAAUAACUGAAGAUAAAAAUAGAGCAAGUACCACAACUAAUACGAUCUCUAAAAUGAUUGAUGAUGUAAAUUUUACUCACAAUGAAUUUAUGACAAAGCAACAUUCCAAUAUGUCAGAUUUCUCUACAAUAAUGGACAAUAAAUUAACAACACAAAAUGCAGAAUUGAUCAAUUGGAAUGAUAAGUCAGUCAAAGAAUUGCGCGCAUCUCAACAGCAAAUCGAUGAAUUCUUUACCAAAAACUUAUGUCACUACGUUGAAACAGGUGCAACUCCACCGAGAAAAAAAUUUGUGUAUCCUCGUGAAUUUGCAACAACAUUGUCGCAUGAACAACUUGUUCAGAGAUUCCGAGAAAGCAGAAAUUGCAUAGAAGAAGCAAAUGAUUUCGAUUCAACAUUAAUGAGAAAACCAGAAAAACUUACACCAGAGAAACUUAUACCAGCGAAACCUACACCAGAGAAACUGUUAUCUGUGAUAGAUAUACCAACAAAUAACACAACCACAUUAUACAAAAAUAAUAAUUACUCUUUGCUAUUCUCUGCGUCCACACCGCAUAUUAAUUCAAAUAACAGACAAUCAAAUAUAAAAGAGAUUUUUGGUUUUAAUUCUUUCAAGAAAUCUGUAUUGGAUUUCUCCAAAAUUUCAUCUUCUCAAUUUGAAACGGAAAUUUGUACAGAGAAUAAAGAGAAUAUCAACUUUACGAAGUCUAGAAAAUCAAAGAAACUGAAAGUGAAGAAAUAAUUCAUUGGGA